AUGUUAUUGGAGUCCAUUGUCGGCGACAUGGAUUCACCAACGGAGAUAAAAGAGGAAGAAUCCCUAUCCGAGCACAUCAUCAAUGAAGAAAGGAGUUCGAAAGAAGAACUCAAGAAUAUUUCAACUAGGCUUGCAGCUGAGAACAAUUCUCGACCAGAGAAAUCUGAGGAAAGCGAUACGGUUCAGAAGAACGAUAUUCCUGACGAAAAAACAGUACUCGAACAGCAAGAAGUUCCAUAUACAUCAUUCUCCAAGUGGGAGAAAAGACAUCUCAUGUUGAUCGCUACAUUCGCCACUUUUUUCUCCCCUUUUACAACUCAAAUCUAUUUCCCGGCUAUCAAUACCAUUGCUGAAGACUUACAUGUCACCAGUAGUCAAAUUCUCCAAGCUAUAGCUCCUGCUUUCAUUGGUGGUUUCUCGGAUCAGCGGUGUCGUCGCCCGGCUUACAUUAUCUGUUUCACGGUUUACAUCAUAUCCAACAUAGCUCUCGCUCUCCAAGACAACUAUGUCGCUCUCCUUAUUCUCCGUAUGGUGCAAUCAGCCGGUGGAUCCGGCACUGUUGCUUUAGCAAAUGCUGUAGUAGCCGACAUUGCCACUUCCGCUGAAAAGAGGAAUUUUUACGUUGGUUAUGCAUCUAUGAUGGCUGGAUUUGCACCUGCAGUUGGUCCUAUUCUUGGCGGGAAAAUAGUAGGCGACGGAUCAAUACCACCACCCAAAUGGAGUCGUUCAUUCACCAACAUCCGUAAAGAAUAUAAACUCUUAAAGCAGGGUAUUACUCCCGAUUACUCAAAACGCGAUCAAUUGGCCGCAGCCCGGAAAUUACGCUUUCCAAAUCCAUUGGCGACUUUACGAAUAGUAUCAGAAAAAGAAGCCGCGCUUUUAUUAUUUUAUGCCGGAAUCGUCUAUGCAGGUUUCUAUGCCGUCAUUUCAGGAAUGCCUUCUCAAUUCCACGAUAUAUACGGCUAUGACGAUUUAAAAGUCGGUCUUAUGUAUCUUCCCAUCAGUGGCGGAUGUUUCCUCGCCGCUUUCACACAGGGUAAAAUCAUCGACUGGUCUUAUUUCCGGGAAGCUCGUCGCUUAGGAAUCACAUUUGUGAAAUCCAGACAACAGGAUCUAUCUCAUUUUCCCAUCGAAAAAGCACGAUUGCAAGUAGGAUUUCCCAUGAUUUUGCUUGCAAGUUUAAGUACUAUCACCUAUGGAUGGAUAUUGCAUUUGCGGGUAAAUAUUGCAGGACCUUGUGUGAUUUUGGUAGUGCUAGGGUAUACGUUGAUUGCUAGUACGCAGGCUGUUAGUAUUCUGAUUGUGGAUGUUAAUCCUGAGGCUGCGGGGACGGCGACGGCAGCGUUUAAUUUGGUGAGGUGUUUGUUGGGGGCAGGAAGCACGGCUUUGAUUGUACCGAUGGUGGAUAAAAUGGGGUUGGGGUGGACAUAUACUUUUAUUGCGUUGUUGUAUGUUGUUUUGAGUCCGAUGUUGUUUGCGGUUAUGAAAUGGGGGCCGGGCUGGAGGAGAGAGAGAACGGAAAAACAAAGGAUUGGGGAAGGGAGGAAAACAGACGAGGAAGAUGUGAGUGAUGGCCAGGAUAAGAAAGACCUUGGUGAUGGGUAA